AGCAAGGACUCUAGUGAAAUUCAAAUGGACAGAAAAGAAAUUUGUGGUUUGAUGGGAUGACAAGAUGGAUGGAGGCCAUGCUAAAUACUUGUAUGCUGUGAGACAUUCUAGUUUCGCAUUCGGUAGAGGCCUUCAACGCUUCAGUGGCUUCAAAGGGCUGUGUAUAUGCGAGCUUGUUAGCCUAGCCCUACCUAAAGCAUCGCAUCGUGAAUACUGUGGACCCCUGCAUCGACGCUAAUUAUCGCAUUCGCGAAUAUUGUGGGCCUUCGCAUUCGUGUAGCUGACCAAUGAAACCAUCGCACCCCUAGCCACUGGUGUAACAAGUCCAUAGAUGACGUUCUAUACUAUAUUAUAAGACCGCGAGUGAAUGAGACGGGUGCUGAGCCAUGGGCAAGGCUCUAUACUGUAUCGAAUUGGUGUUGAGGCGGUGCCCGGCGAACCCUUCGUCCCUCUCGUCCCCGAGAUCCAGCUCCCAGAAAGCAAGGUCCCCUUCAACAACCGGCUAGUAUGGACGGGCCUCACGCUCCUCGUCUUUCUGGUGAUGAGCCAGAUGCCUCUAUACGGCAUUGUGUCGUCUGAUACUUCGGAUCCGCUCUACUGGCUGCGAAUGAUGAUGGCGAGUAACAGGGGAACGCUGAUGGAACUGGGUAUUACGCCCAUCAUUUCCUCCGGCAUGGUCUUCCAGCUCCUUGCUGGUACCCACCUGAUCGACGUCAACUUGGACCUCAAGUCGGAUCGCGAGCUCUACCAGACUGCCCAGAAGCUUCUUGCCAUUCUCCUGUCCUUCGGCCAGGCUGUCGUCUAUGUCAUCUCCGGCCUCUACGGACAGCCAUCGGACCUAGGCGCCGGUAUCUGCGUCCUCCUCGUCAUCCAGCUCAUCAUUGCCGGUUUGAUCGUCAUUCUCCUCGAUGAGCUCCUCCAGAAGGGCUAUGGUCUUGGCAGCGGUAUCUCUCUCUUCAUUGCUACCAACAUCUGCGAGUCCAUCAUGUGGAAGGCUUUCUCUCCUACUACUAUCAACACUGGCCGUGGUCCCGAAUUCGAGGGUGCCAUCAUUGCCCUUGUCCACCUCCUCUUCACCUGGGACAACAAGACUGUCGCGCUCAAGGAGGCUUUCUACCGCCAGAACCUCCCCAACGUCAUGAACUUGAUCUCCACUGUCAUCGUCUUCGGCGCUGUCAUCUACCUCCAGGGGUUCCGUGUCGAGAUCCCGGUCAAGUCCGCCCGCCAGCGUGGUGUCCGCGGCUCGUACCCCGUCCGUCUGUUCUAUACGUCUAAUAUGCCUAUCAUGCUGCAGUCGGCCCUGUCGUCCAACGUCUUCUUGAUCAGCCAGAUGCUCUAUAGCCGCUUCUCUGACAACCUUCUUGUCAAGCUUCUCGGUGUCUGGGAGCCCAAGGAGGGAUCUGCUCAGCUUUUCGCUACUUCCGGUGUUGCUUACUACAUGUCCCCCCCUCUCAGCAUCACUGAGGCCCUCUCCGACCCUCUCAAGACCGCCGUCUUCAUCGUAUACAUGCUCGUCGCUUGCGCCGUUUUCUCCAAGACUUGGAUCGAAGUCUCUGGUUCUUCUCCUCGUGACGUUGCCAAGCAGCUCAAGGAACAAGGUCUCGUAAUGGCUGGUCACCGUGAGGAGUCCAUGUACAAGGAGCUCAAGCGCGUCAUCCCCACGGCGGCUGCUUUCGGUGGUGCUUGCAUUGGUGCUCUCUCUGUUGGUAGUGAUCUCCUCGGCGCUUUGGGCAGUGGAACUGGUAUUCUCUUGGCUGUGACGAUCAUUUACGGUUACUUUGAAAUCGCCGCUAAGGAGGGCGAUAUGGCGGGUCUCAAGGGAAUGGUCAUGGGAGGAUAA